AUGGUACAAUACUUCAGGCUUCGGCUCCUCCUAGCCGUCACAUUCGUUUCGCUCGCUGCUGCGCAGUCAGAUCUACCAUCGCAGAUAACUGCCGCCGGCGCAUCACCUACAGGAACUGGCUCUUACCCACCAUGCGCGGCAGUCUGCCUGGCUGACGCAACUGGAGCGCUGGAGUGCUCGGAGAACGACUCGCGAUGUUUAUGUUCACAUCAGAAGGACGUCCGGACGUCGGUAGAGCAGUGUUUGUCAGUGUCAGACGCCUGUUCGCCGGACGACGCAUCAGCCGCGGCGUCGUACUAUGAGAAGGUGUGCCAAGGUCUGGGACUGGAUCAGGACGGCGAGCCUCUGCUCGCAAUCGCAACCGGCGGCAUUGCCACUGCUCCAAAUGUUGCUGGGCCAGGCCCAACAUCGCCCAGCUCAACGCCCAGUUCGAGCGCCACAGCUUCUUCUACGCCGACAGCUUCAACAGCCAAGGACAAUGACGACAACGAAAAGGAUGAUCAGGACGACGGGGCGAUGUCUAUCGCCACAGUCGCUGGUAUCGCUGUUGGCUGCACCUUUAUUGUGGUGGCGGUUAUCAGCGGCCUGAUCUUCAUGUAUAUUAGAAGGAGAGACGACGAUGAGGAGAUGGUGCAUGGAAUUGCAUCGCAAGUUAAGCCGAAGCCAGAGUCCGACAGCUCAGCAUCUUCCUUCAAGACUCCAGCGCAGAAAGUGUCCGAGAAGACAGCAGAAUAUUCUCUAACAUCAUUACCAUCGCCUCAGCCACCACCUAAAUACACUAGAAGUAAUCCAACACCAACAAUAGCGGCCCGUCGCAACAACCAUUCAGCGAAACCGCUACCAAAUACUACUCCGUCCGCGACGUUAAACAACUCCUCCUAUCCCUUCCCUUUCGGCGACAAGAACGCAGCCGAGGCGUCCGUUACGAGCCUCGCCCUACCCAACUCAGCCUCCAAACCAGUUUCUGCGAUGAUCGUGCAGCCCUCGCCGGUACGCUCACAGUUCUCAGAACAAGGCAGCAUUUACUCCGUGUCUAGCAUCCACUCGGAAGAACUGCAGGUCAACCGCGCGAGCGAAGCACGGCGGAGUAGACCCAACACAUUCUACAACCUGUACACACACGGUGCGGAGGGUCAUAGCAACACAGACCUCAGUCCAGCCCAGCAGGCCGUGGGCAAAGGCCAAGGAAGUCUCCGACGCAAUAAAUUCGACACGCGAGUUGACGUACCUUUACCUCUCAACACUCAACACACCAAAGCCUCGGGAGCUAACGAAAACCCUUUCACCACACCCUCAGACGAGAUCCAUAAUCCAUUCAACACAAGCACAUCAACCAUCGAGCGCCCCAACCCACUACGAUCGCAUCCGAGCCGGAAAGGCCAGAAUCCACUGACGCAGAGACCUGGCUUGGCGAAGAGCACGGGCAGCUUUGGGAAGUUCGACUUCGAGAUCGACGAGGAGAAUAGGAAGAGUAGUGGAAGGCGGAGCUCGGGCUUGAUGAGGAACAGCUUCUUCAGUGGGUUGGAUUUGGGCUUUGGGAAGUCUUGA